AUGGGUAUUGUGGAGAAGAUUCAGGAGAUUGAGCGGGAGAUCAGUCGGACGCAGAAAAACAAGGCCACGGAGUAUCAUCUUGGCCUAUUGAAGGCAAAGUUAGCCAAAUACCGCCAACAACUACUUGAACCUACUGGUAAGAGUGGUGCUAAAGGAGAGGGGUUUGAUGUUAUGAAAAGUGGAGAUGCACGAGUGGCAAUGGUGAGGUGAUUUGGAUGUUUAAUGUAUGUUCAUGCAGGUCGGAUUUCCAUCGGUGGGUAAAUCUACGUUUCUUUCGAGUAUGACCAAAACUGAGAGUGUGGCUGCCGCUUAUGAAUUUACAACCCUCACCUGUAUUCCUGGUGUGAUUGAAUAUGAAGGUGCCAAAGUGCAAUUGCUAGAUCUACCUGGUAUUAUUGAAGGUGCUGCUCAAGGCAAAGGUCGAGGACGACAAGUUAUUGCCGUCGCCAAGACCGCCGACUUAAUUUUGAUGAUGUUGGACGCAACAAAAGGAGAUCAUCAAGUAAGUUUUGUUUUUAUUUUCCUAUUUUCUCUUUAGAGACGACUACUUGAAACCGAAUUGGAGGAAGUGGGAAUACGAUUGAAUCGACGGAAACCGGGAAUUUAUCUGAAGAGGAAGCCUGGAGGUGGAAUUAAGUUUACCCAUACAGCCAUCCUAACUCACUGCGACGAGAAGAUGGUGAUAAAUAUCCUCCAUGAGUACAAGAUUUUUAAUGCUGAUGUGGUCUUUAGGGAAGAUGCAACGUAGGUCCAGUAAUAAUGCAGUUUAUCUUCGACUUAGGGUUGAUGAAUUUAUUGAUGUGAUCCAAGGAAAUCGUGUUUAUUUGAAAUGUAUCUACGUCUACAACAAGAUCGAUCAGAUCACGAUUGAUGGGCUGGAUAAGAUUGCCCGACAACCUCACAGUGUUGUGAUUUCAUGUGAAUUGAAUCUGAAUAUGGAUUACAUGUUGAAGAAGCUGUGGGCAUACCUCGAUUUGAUCCGGGUUUAUACGAAAAAACCAGGAAACGCUCCCGAUCUGGGUAAGUUUACUAUGUUAUGGCCAUGAUUGCAUUUCCUUAGGGCCCGAUGACGGUAUUAUUCUUCGUUCCGGGGCCACCAUUGAGCACUGUUGUCAUGCUCUCCAUCGAACAUUAGCUGCCCAAUUCAAAUACGCUAUUGUCUGGGGUACUAGUACAAAGUUUUCCCCUCAGAGAGUGGGAAUAAAACACAAAUUACAUCAUGAAGAUGUUGUGCAGAUUAUGAAGAAAUGA